AUGUCUUCGCCCACUGACUCUCUCUAUUCCAACCGUGAUAAAUUUGUCAUUACAGAUAUCACGCACUCUGAUGCUAUACGACCUCGGAUCCACGCACUGAAUGUGGAGAAAAUUGACGAACGAUUUCCCGCCCGAGAUGCACCUAGUAUUGCUACUUGGAGGUGCAACUUAGUAGCUGCUUCGCAACGUCGUAACUUGGUCUUCACGGCACAUCGGCAUGAGAUUUACGUCUGGAUCCCUAAUGGACCUUUCCAGCUUUUGGGAUCCCAGCCAGAGAUGAUCAUAUGUCCAGUCAUGAAAAAUCCUCUAGCAGAUGGCUUUAUUGACCGGACAGCUCCUCACAACAUCAACAACAUGUUAAUUGAUGACUUGGGUCUUGAUGAAGUCCUGCUUCUCGUGACCGACUCCGGCAAUGUCUGUGGCUAUCAUGUGGAGACAAUUUUCUCUGCUAUCAGUCGAUGCCAAAAGAACUUGAACAUGCGGCCAUUCGAUAGUGCAGAAGUCAACCCGUUCUUUGUUGAGAGUGUGAUCAUGAGUGCUUGGGGUUUGGCGGUACAUAAGUUUGCUCGUCUCAUCGCCGUCAGCUCAAAUACGGGCCUUAUCACCGUAUUUGCCUUCGCUCUUGUGGAGUCUUCAUCGAUGGAGGAUGGUAACGAGCAACAGACUCAACAUAACUAUUCAGGCCAGACGUGGACUUACGUUGAAACUAAUGAGCAGCUUAGUGAUAUUCGGGAGCUCAUGCCAUCCAACUAUCGCUCUCGAAACCUACGACUCACAUACCGCGGUCAUCUCACAAAUAUACCUUCAGUGGCAUUUGCUAAUUUUGGCCUCGAUCCUUGCGGUACUUGGAUGGUCAGCACUGAUAUACGUGGUAUUAUGCUGAUGUGGAAAGUUUGGGAGGAUCUCGAGCCUUAUUCGGAUGUCGAAAUUGAUCCCCUCGUAAGGACUACACCGGGAUGGACAGUAUUACCAUUAGAUCCUCGGACAUUCAAACGCCAUCGAUUCACAACGUAUGCCCAUGGAUUCUCUGGUGCCACAUGUGGUUCGGAUGAUGAUAACAUUCCACGUGUCAAUCUAAGAAGAUCGUUAGAAAGACACCCUGACUGGUUCUCUGGCCCCAGUGUCAGUAACUCUUCUGUUCUUCCUGUUUCUCUCCCAGACGAUGUUUUUUCACCUGAGUGCUGUAUAGAUCACGAGUUGCAACCUGACAAUCUCGAAGGUUUUUCUCGAAGCCCUCAUUCACAAGUUUCUCAGUCAGCCAAUAAUGACGAUAUCCAUAGCGGUCUCGAGUCUGGCGAAAACAGUAAUGAGGAUGAGACAGAAGAUGAUUGUGAGAUGACAGCCGAGAAUCAAAUCCUUUGCAGGAUUAGAUAUAGAUGGAGUCUGUACGAUGAAGACUAUGGGAACUUGAAUUUACCAGCCCCCCAUGAACACAACGACUCCAAAACGAAACCUCUCCACCCUCGGAUUCUUCUAGGUUUCCCUGUGUUGCACUUUUCUGCGACUAAUAUUACCUUAAUUCCGUACUUGGAUCAUCCUUAUCGCCUUACAUGUGGUAUGGCCCUUUACCAAGAUCAUUGGCCAUUUCGAGCUUUCGUCAAUGAACACUCGGAUCGCUUUAACAUGGUCAAAAGCAUUCCGGAGCUUGGAAUUGUGGUCGCAGCUACCCAAAAAGGACGUGCAGCCAUCAUAUCUCUUACCUGGCAUAAAGAUUUUGGAUAUUCUUUUCGCACUGACUGGAUCACACCUUUCGCUUCCCAGGAGAGAAAAGGAGAAAGACCCUUAGCCCCUCUACAGGGUAUUGCGGUUUGCCCCAUGCAGGGCUUUGAGACUCCACCAGACGUGCCUUUUAUCCCUCAGGGCGUCGACCCAAACGACUGGCUUUCUUUUAAUUACCGUACGCUUGACUCGGAGGAUUCUGGUUGCUCCUCAUCUUCAUCCUUAUUCCCAUAUCAAUCUCAACCUCCGCUCUCUGUACCAAAUCCUAUCGAAGAAGCUACUUCGCAACACACGCAACGCUCACCAUCUCCCGCAUCUCAUGAUCGCGUCAUGGGAACUCAACCUCGUGCACGGACUGAUGACUCCUCUCCUCGCCGAAGAUAUACCGUACCAGAGCUCCACGCGCAGGCUACUCUUAAUCAUCGCCCUACAGAGCAUUGGCAUGGCUCGCAUCCAUCUCGCCGCUACCGCUUGUUUCUCAUGUACUGUGAUCAUACAGUCAUGACGUACGAAUUUUGGCAUGACUGGGUAAGAUAA